AUGAGCAAAAACAAGCCAUCCACAACCAAAACAACAACAACACCACAAUCAUCAUCAUUAGCCUCAGAAAAAGAAGAAGCCACGGUAAAACCUGAAGAUUUAUUUGCAACAGGAACAUCGGUGGACGAAUUUGGAAACGAAGAUGAAUUGGUCAUAGAUGAAUCUAUUCGGAAGGAAGAGGAAAAUGAAAACAACAGCAAUGCAACAAAAACCUCUGAACCCGAUUGGUCCGUACAAUUGAGAAAAGAAGAACAAAAAUUGAAGCAACUCAUUGCUGAUUCAAAUUGUGAAAUUGAUGAGAGUAAAACGCUCACGGUUUUACAAGUUCAAGAAUUAUAUAGCAUUGCAAAGAAGGAACACCAACAAGCACAAACAAAUCAAGACUCUGAGGAGGGAGAACAAUUUGAAAAGGAAUUCGUUGAGAAGGGUACAAUCAUGGAUAAAAUUGCAGCCCUUUCAUUACUAGUCCAACAAAAACCAAUUUACAGAUUGCAAUACAUUGAUGAAUUGAUGAAGAUUUGUCACCAUCCAAAAAAUCACAGAGCUGCAGAAUUAGCUGUCAAGACAUGUACUGACUUGUUUCAAAAUUUAUUGCUCACAACAAGAUCUUUGUUGAACUUUAAAGAACGAGAGGAAAAUGGUUCCUCAAUUUCUUCCAUUUCCAUGACAUCUAUUUAUCAAGCCACACAUCAUUUUGAACGUUUAAAUAAUAAGAAAAAAAAGAAGGAAAACAUGCAACAAGUCGGAGUUGUCUUGGCCUCAUGGUAUUUUGAAGAAUUGUUGAAGAAGAAAUAUCAAAGUUUUAUCAACGAUGUUUUAGCCGAAAAUAUCAAAGAAAAAGCAAACUCACUGGAUGUUGUGGUCAUCAGAACUAUGAGAAAUAUUCGUGACUUGAUAAAACGAAGCCCUGAACGAAGAGACACCUUACUCACCCUUCUAAUCACCAAAUUUGCAGAUCCUAAAAAUUCAAUCAAUGCAAGAGCUCUCUACUACUUGACUGCUCUUGUGAACUCGCGAGUGGAGAACAAUCCUCAUUACGUACCAACUCUAGAUAAGAUGUAUUUGUGCAAGGGCAUUUGUGAAUUUUUACUUAAUACCAAGAUGGAUCCUUCUAAGAGAGCAUUUGCUGCCUCAUUCCUCACGAACAUGACCUACACACCAGAUCAUGAUAACCACAUUGCAGAGUUUGUUUUGAAGAGUUGUAUGGAUGUGUUGAAAAAGGAAUAUGGCGAUCUUAUUGCUAACAAGAAAAAGAAGAAGAAAGACGAGAAGAAAAGCUCCCAUCAAUUGACAAACUCAUCAUUCCUUGGCUCUUUACUCUCUGGCAUGUUUAAAAGUUUAAAACACUGUAGAACUGCAUUCUUGGCAGAUGCCGAAACUUUGGAUUUACUUUUUAAGAUUGCUAGAAUUACCCCCCUUGUGACCUCAGUGAAUGCAUGCAAACUUAUUUAUGCCAUUGCAUUCAUUUCAAAUGAUGAGAAAGUACUGACUCGAUUUUACACCUUACUCUAUGACAAGUUACUUGAUGAAGGCCAUACAGGUUCGAAAGUACAAACCCUAUUGCUUGUAGUCUAUGAAACUGUUCGUGAAGAUAUUAAUAUUAAUAGAGUUGCUGCAUUUUGCAAGCGUUUGUUACAAAGCUGUUUCACAUGCUACAAUCCUGGAUACACGGCAGCUGUUCUCAUGGUCCUUGAUCAAAUUCUGAAGGUCAAGCCUGGAAUUCAUCUUAGCAUGCUCCAACAAAAGAACUUUUUAACCAAAGAUUCUCAUUCAACUGCAAAAUCAAGAAACAAGUCAAUCGAAGAAGACGAUGAGGAAGAAGCAUUUCAAGAUAUUGAUGAAGAGACCAUUCAACAAGAGGAAAAGCCAAAAGAAACAAUCGUUCUUUCUAAGGAUAAUUCUGUUAAAAUUGUUGACAAUGAAAUUGUGAUUGAAGGAUUUACAAAUAAGAAUAACGACAAGAAACAAUCGACAACCGCAUCGUCAACGACAGCCUCAAAUGACAAACAAGAUGAAAAGAAAAAGACAAUACCUUCACAGAAAGCUAGAGGUACCAAUCCUUUUACCGAAUUUUCUGAAUACGACCCAACAACACCAAAACCUGAAGCAGCUAAUGCUCUCUCUUCAGGAUUAUGGGAACUUGAUCUCAUCAAGCACCAUUUCCAUCCCAGUGUUUGUGAGUUUGUAGAUAAUUUGGUUUCCCGUUCUGGUCAGCCUCUAUACAAAGGUAAUCCAAUUGUUGACUUUUCAACCACUACAUUCAUUGACAAGUUAAUGUUCAAGCCCUUCUCAAAGAAAUCCAUGAAAGAAAAGGGCUCUGGUCUCUUCUCCAAAUCAAAAUCAGCAUUGGCUGCUGAAAAAUUAAUUAGAGGAACCUCUUCCAUCAAUUCUAAGGAAUUUGCAGAUUUACCAGAAGAGUUGGUUAAAAGUGAUGAACGAUUCUUCCACAAAUUUAUGGUUGAAAAAUUCAAACGAAAAGAAGACAUUGAAAAAGAAAGAGAAGCACGAGAGAAAAGAAGAAAAGAAGCUAAAGCAAGAGAAGAAGAAUUUCUUAAUGCUAUGGAUGAAGAUUUUGGUUCAGACACUGAUCCAUUCGAUGAAUUGGAUGACGAUGCAGUGAUGGAACUUUUGGAACAAGCGGAAGAGAAUGCAGAGGAUGAAGAAAUCAUUCCAGGCGCUAAGAAUGACAAUGCUUAUGGCUUUGAUGUGACCAGUGUCUCAGAAAAACCCUCUCAAGAUGAAGUUGCCGAGUUAUUGGAAGAGGAUGAAGAUGAACUCUUAGAACAAGAAAAACAAGAGUUUAAAGAAACGAAAACUCCUUCAAAGAAACGAAAACAAAAACCAUCCAGCACAGCCACUCCUUCAAAUCAUCAACCACAAAAGAAGAAAGUGAAGAGAACAAGAAAAUAA